AUGGCUGCUGCUGAUCUAGAAUAUAGGAACAAGACAUGGUCAGCGGAAGGCUCAAAACCCAAUGUUAGUGAUGCAAGGCUGGCUGGCCCCGACUCAGCACCACUGCUCACCGAAAUCCCAGCCACCUUCCGCCAAUACUCUAAAUCGUCACAAGGCGGGGUGUUGCUGUCAUUGAACCGCUCGGUGUAUCCCGGAACCUCACUCAGGUUCGAUUCUGCAACCGAUUGCAAGUUAUGGCGUCAGGAAAGAGGACAUGGUAGCAGCGACAUUCCACAUUCGGCCUACACAAAUGGAGUGGGGCUACAGUCUGAACUCGGAGGUCCUAGAGUGAUUCUAGUCUUGCCCGGCUGCGGCUGUUCGACUCAGACCGUCAAGGCACCUAAAAUGGGUAUGGCCGCAGAAGGUAAUCUGAAGCACAAUGACACGAUACAUAUGGUGACAGCCAGCCGCACCUCAACCUGUCUUUUCAACAGUCAGCCUAUGAUGGGCAUGAUGUGGAGCCCAUAA